AUGCUCAUUGCACGGAGCAUCUCCAGCAGCGACUGUCUCGCCCAUGAUGCCCUGGCGGUGCCUCGGUUGGUAAAGCGACAAGACAAGCAAAUGCAGGAGGAGGAUGACAGUGAGACAAAAAGGAACCCUUAUUUCAGACACUUUUCUCAAGGGCUCAGCAACAGAACCCCAUAUUACUCCAAAGACAUAUUCAAAUGAGAAUAUAACCCACCCAAAACAGAGAAAGAAUCGCCCAAAGCAGAGAGCCCUGCAACCAAUCCAUCUGCUAAUUCCACCAGGCCUGCCAAUAACUCAACCACCCCAACGCCCUAAGCCAAGGAUGGGGAUCAGGGAGGGAAUGCCACCCACAUUGGCAUCAGUACAAAAGGGAACGGGAUCAAUUCCCAGAAUCCCAAGAGGAGUUCUCCAGAUCCCAGCUUUACUACCUUAGGGCAAACUGACAACUUCUGUUAUCCAAGGGAAGGUACUGGUUGAAUUCCAGGUUGUGGGAAACAGCUGACAAGCCAGCCAUCUCCUCAGGGUGUCUUUUUAGAUACAAGAAUGUUAACCAGUCACCGUGACUGGGAAAGACAGGCAGUUAACCUGUCCUAUCCUGAAAGAGAAGGUUUUCCCUCUCCAGAAGGUGAGGUGCGGAACCACCAGCAAAACGCCCCAGUCUUUGAAGCAGGCACAAUGGGGCAGUGCGAAGGUUCAGUGUAUCCAUCAGUUUCUCCUUCAAGUCAGAGGCAAGGAAGCCGCUAUUAUCAAAGCGAACCCUUCGAUCAGCUAGGGCAUGAGUCUUACCCUGGACAAAGAAAAUGGGGCCAUGAGCAGCUCUUGCCUGAGGACUGCCCAGCUGGCAAACAUGGAAACCCACAGUACAUGCCGCAUGAGCCAACAGAGCAGCAGGUCUAUUUCCAUUAUCCUACAGACAAUCGAUCCAACCUUGGCAGAGAUUUACCAUAUAAUGAAAUUAACCCCUGGGCUCCUGAAGAGAAUUUUCCAGCUGAUGACAUGUCCCUCCCUCCCAAAGGACACCAGCCCGUCACCGUGUCAGUCCCAGAUGGCAACCUAGCAGAUCACACAGGGAGUGCAGCGUAUCCUUCCUCUGGCCGUUUGUGCUGUACAGGGAAUUGUCCAGCACCAAAAGAAAAUCCAUUAGCACCGCUAGACUUUCCCCCAAUCAGAUUCUCUUCUUGGGAAUAAAGAGGAAGCGCACAAUAUCCUGAAGGUAGUCACUCAGAGCAUGCCAGGCAUGUUUGAUACCCAGCUGGUAUUCAGAUUAGUCACAGGAACAGCUCCCUGCUGCUUGGAAAACCUCCUUCACCCUCCCCCGCCUGCACCUACUCCACAAGAAAAUGGAGAGGGAACAUCAGAUCAGGAAAGGAAUAUGCUCUACUCUACAAUCACAUUAGGGCAGCAAGAGGACAUGGAUCCUAG